AAUGUCCCAACUACCAUCUACUUAAAACUCUCUCUUUUCCCAUAAAUAUUACUCAAUUCUUCUCCUCUCUCUUUCACCAAAAAAAAAAAUGAAGAAAAUCUCCAUUACUCUCUUAGCUCUAUUGCUCAUCAUAACAUUCAAUUCCACCAUUGCUACAAGACACAUUCACCCGAAUAAACACGGGGCAAAGAGAGGUGAAACAGGCAGUGGCGAAGUCAGAAAUAAUAAUGGUGGGGAUGUGGGUUUUGGUGGGAUAUUUGGGCCUGGUGGAGGGUUUAAUAUUCCUGGGCUUGGUGGUGGAGUAUUUGGUGGUGGAUUUGGAGGCCCAAAAGGUGGAUAUGGAAAAGGUGGAGUUAUAAGGUCUAGUGUUGUGUGUAAAGUAAAAGGCCCAUGUUUUGGUAUGAAAUUAAUAUGUCCAGCAAAAUGUUAUAAAUCAUAUUCAAGUGCUGGAAAAGGUUAUGGUUUUGGUGGUGGAUCUGGUGGAUGUACUAUGGAUUGCAAGAAGAAAUGUCUUGCUUAUUGUUAAACCCCCCCCCCCCCCCA